GGAGUGACGAAGCAAGGCAGGACCCGCUAGUGCUGGCAGUGGCACUACAAUUAUUUGUACUUCGACUUUGUAGGCUUUCAAAAUCUUUUGAUCCAUGCGAUCAGUGGCAAUGUGUGCUACUAGUGGAGUAGUGGCGCUUCGCUAUGGUGUGUUUGAAUCCUCGUGAAACUUUGCUCCCUAUUUUUGGUUGAAUGUCAUCCACGAGUAGAUAAAGAAAGGAUUCGUAUGGACAGCGGCUACAGAAUCGAUGCCCUGAUGUGAGUCAACGCACGGAGGGUAACUGGUUGGGUCAGCGGCAAGAUAGACAGAGAUGCCUCGCCUGGACGAGAAGCAGGUGAAGCCGCGUCAAGGAGAGCUGCUGGGAACACUGCCACAGCAUAUACCAUGCCUUCUCGCAGAGUACAGCACAUUCGAGCCUCCGCCCAGGGUGAAGAAGAGGCUGCACCGCCACGGGGCAGAUGAGCCCAGCUCCAGGACGAAGCUACCCAAGCUCAACGACGAUAAACAGAAAUCUUCCACCAGGAAAGCAGCCAGAAAUGGCUCACCUUCCCCUUCCCCUUCGCAUCAGCCUGCUGGUAUAUCCACAGGUCCACAGGACAUGCAAGACUUAUGGAAGCCCACGCCACCGGACAAGUGGACGCUGCCCAGCAAGGCACAACAUGAGCUGUUUGCACCGGAGAGCUCACGUGUCACUCACCUGCCACCGCUGGUGCACGUGGAGAAGAAGCCGAAAGCACAGGGUGCGGCGCGGACGACACCCGUCAAGAGGAGCAGAGUAGUUCCUUCGUCAUCGUUCGGGCAAACCGGAGACAGCCCAGGACAAGUGAGAUCCACAGUAAUUAGACCCCAGGCUGCAGUGUCAACUGAAGCAGCCAGCUCUACAGCUGUUACUGCAUCAGCGGUGGUAGAUAAUGUUGGUGACUCCGCCAAGACGGCCCAAGGACAAGCCAAAGUCCGAUUUUGA